AACCUCCGUCUUCUCAAAUCUCAAGUGUGAGCAUUGAGCAGCCAACACUCUGACGGUCGAGCUGCAUCUUUCAACUUCCAAGACCAUAAUCAGUUGAUAUAUUUUGAAACAAGAUGGUUUUGCCAAACGAUGUUGAUUUGCUUAACCCACCAGCUGAGUUGGAGAAGAGGAAGCACAAGCUAAAACGUCUUGUUCAGUCUCCAAACUCUUUCUUCAUGGAUGUUAAGUGCCAAGGUUGUUUCAACAUAACAACUGUAUUUAGCCACUCUCAAACUGUGGUGGUAUGUGGAAACUGCCAGACUGUGUUGUGCCAGCCGACGGGUGGCCGUGCCAGGCUCACCGAAGGAUGCUCCUUCCGGAGGAAGGGCGACUGAUCAUCGGUGCUUCCUUUAUUAUGGUGUCUUCCUUAAUCAGAAGUUGUUUUGGUUACAAAUUACAACUUGAGUCGUUUAUGGUAGCUUUUUAUUGUUCCUUGUUAACGGGGACACAAACUUGUUAGUGUGAUAACGUUGAAUUCGUCCUUGUAAUGACUCAAGUUUUGGAUUUUUGAUAUUAUCUAUGGAUGCAUGAUUUGUUUCUACAC